AUGGUGGUAGUGGAGGAGGUGGUCGUGGUGGUGGAAGUGGUGGUGGGGCGAAGGUGGCAGUGUAAGGGCGAUGGCGAAUGUGGUUGUGGUGGCUAUGAAGGUGGAGAUGGGUGUUACCUAGUGCCGACGGCAGUGGUAGUGGCUACGACAAUGGUGGUGGUGGUGGUGAAGGGUGGAAGUGGCAGUGGUAGCGAUGGUGCUAAUGGUGGCGGCGGCGACGACUGUGGUGGAUGGUUGGUGGAGGGUGGGGUGGUUGAGGAGGUGGCAGUAGUGGUAAUGACAGCGAGAGGUGGUGGUGGCAGUGAUAGAGGUGGCACUGGUGGUGGCGAUGGAGAUAAUGGUGGAGGAUGUCGUGUUGGAGGAGGGUGGUAG